UGUAGAUAUUCUAGGGUUGAGUGGGAGGUGAGGUGAGUUUUCCCAAAGACACUUGUGCCCAUUGCAGUGGGUGCUUAGGCUGAGUUUAGAUUAUUACCACCUUAAAGGGCCUAUGCCAGAUAAAAAGUGGACAGAUUGAAAACUUGCAGAGUUUUGUAGGGGGUAGAAUGGAGAAAAAUUGGACAGAUGGUCAAUGAUUUUUCCCAAUCCCUGAUUGAUUGAUUGAUCACCUAUCCUUUGGGGUCUUGCUGCAGUCCACAGGAAGCUGUCCUCACUCCUUACUUUGGAGACCAGUGAUCUAGGAUAAUAGGAAUCUUAUUAAGUUAUUUUGAACGUCUCCCAGUAUACUAUAGGUACUCUUAAGCUCUUAAACUAAAAGCAAUAGCACCAAGAAAUAAGCUCUAUAGUAAGUAUAACUAGAAUCUUUUAAAAUCUGGCUCUCCAAACUGUGCUAGAUUUAAUGUAAUAUUUUACAGUGAAUGCCAAAGUCGGAUUACUAUUUACUAUAGACAAAAGACCAGCAGACCAAAGAUAUGACCUAUAAACAAUGAAGGAAAAUACGAAUGAGAUAAUAAAAAUCUUAUUACCCAGAAUGCUUUAAGAUAGAGCUUCCUCUAUAUAGGUAGAAAGUGACAUCAUUACUGAUUACAGGCAUCAGUUAAUAUUAAAAGGCAGGAAGUAACCCAGAAUAAGAAUUAUGGACAUCCAAGUAGCUACUGAUACGACCUCCAAGCUAUGUAUUAUUAGAGAGAAGAUGAAGGAAAAAAGAAAUGGAUCUUUGAAAAUUGCAAAACAGAAUGCUUCUCUUGCAUCCAAAAUAAAAAAUAAAAUAAUAAACAAUUCUUCUAUCAUUAAGGUAUCUUUGAAACAAAACAACAAAGCUUUGGCCCUUGCCCUCAAUUCUGAGAAGUUGAUUGGUCAGAGGCUUACAGAAGACAAGAAGGUUCUGAUAAAAGAAAUUGAGGCGGAGAUGUUUAUGAACGCCAGGCUCCGGAGAACCAUUUCUUAUGUGAAUAAGAUCCUCAGAGAAUUGGAAACCCAUAUAAGUGCUAAACUUCUGUGUGCAAUCAGAGAGAGUGAUCCCUUUAUAAUUUCAGAGGAUAUCAAGAUAGAAAAUUUGUUCAUUGAUGAUAACACAGAUAAGCACAGGACCAGCUCACCAUAUGGGUUAACCAAGUCAUCACUGAAAGAUCCAACUACUGAUGUGGAAAAGAAGAAACAACCAGAAAGGAUGCAGGUGAAUGCCAUACAGAUCUUGGAAUCUGGAGUGGCUGAUGUUUUAUCUGUAAGGAAGGACCACGAGUCUGGGGGUCCCUGUUAUGAAAAUCAGUCACCGUUUUGGGGAAACAUCACUCGGAGGAAGAAGUGGGCCUCUUCCUCUUACCUAAACUGUCAGACUACAGCUGUGAACUUUGAGACAUACAUGUGUUCAAAUCGUUUUUCCCAGUGGACCACUGAUCCUGGAAGUCCUGCGGGAGAGAUGAAUAGACAAGAAGCUUCCACCUUCUCUUGGCUCUCUGAUCCCCAUUGUGAUUCCAACAAUAAUACCUCUCUACUAGAAGAAGCAAUUCUUUCUGGGCGUGUCUCAGAGGAAAUAACCUGUAAUAAAGAAAGGUCUUUUAAUACUAAUGAGCAGGACAGAUCAGUCGCAACCUUGACAAAGAACCAAAACAAAAUCAAUGAUGGUGCUGAUAAAGAUAUAGCUUCACCUUUGAGAUCGGUGAAGUGUGUUUUUAUGGAACAGGAGGUCCAAGACACAGUUGGAAUACAUCCUAUUAAGGAUUUAGACAAUAAUAGCAAAAGACUAUCCCAGAAUCUUAUAACACUGAGAUCCUCAAGUAAAUUAGCACUUGUAUCACCUAUGUUUCCAUUGGAGAUGGAUUCUUUGGGAGAAAACUCAAUCCUUACAAAUAUUGGACCUCCUGAGGACCAGCUUUACCAAGUAAGUGACAGAAUUAGAAAAUGUAAGCAAACCUAUCAGGGUAAUAAGGUGUGUUCAAAAAAACAAGAAAAAGUAGCAAUCCCUUCUUCUGGGAAAAGAAGGAAAACUCUUUCAGAAAAACGAAUCAAGGGAGAAAACCAGCACAGAAAUUCAAACUGUGAUCUAACUUAUAAAUCUUCGCGAUCUGUUGUAAAGCAAUUAUCUCAAAAGAAUAAGGUCACAGAUAAGAUGUUUUCAAAUGAGAUAAAUAAGGAAAUAAAACAGAUAGGAAACAGGAUAUCUGCUGACUUACACAACACUCCAAGCAAAAUAAAUAACUACAAAGAAAUAAAAGAGUCAGAAAAGAUAGUGAUAAAUGUGGAUCAGGAGAUCCCAAAUACACUGAGAACACUCAGUAUGAAAGUUCUGCAGAAAAUGACCCACAGACCUUUAAAACAGGAAGGAAGAAGGAUUUAUGACACUAAAGCCAGUGACCUCAGAAAGUUAAAUCAGAUUCCAUUGGAAAGCAACUUGAAGCCUGAUUCUCAAGAAUAUAUGCCUAUGUACAAAACUAAAGAAAGACAAGUAAAAUGUAGUAACAUCCACCCAAAAAAGGCAAGCUCACUGAAUAGUAAAAUGGAAACUUUUAACUCAGACAGCAAACAAAGCAAUAUAGGGGAUUCACUGGGCAGAAAGAAGCAAGGUCUGAAAAGCCACAUAGGCAAUUCUAGAAUUCCUAUCUUGGCUUCCUACUCUGUAAAACCAAGUUUAAAUAACAUGUGUCAUGCUUCUGUUAAGAGUAAGAAGGACAUCCAAAAUAACGUAAAUAAAAAACAGAUACCAUCAACUGUUCAGGUCAGUGCAACUAGGAAUGGGACAGGAUCAAUGACUAAAGCAAAACAAAUAGUUGAAAAUGUUCUUUCAACCAAAGACCAAUCUGAUUUUGGAAAGAAAGUUGUUUCUGAGACUGUUUCAGGAGAACAUGAAUCCACAGAAGUUGUACAGGUGGUACAGAAUGAAGUACAUAAUCGCCUUUCUAAAACGGGAAGAAACUUCUCCCAGAAGGCCACCAAAAAAUUGGUCCUGAAUAGUUCUAGAUCUUUGGAACUUUCCUGUGUGACCUUAACCCGAAAGCAACCUGUCAGGACUUCUUUAGUAGAUUUCCAAGUUCUGGAACCUCAUCUGAUCAAUGGCAGAGUUUUAACAACCCCUCCUCCUGGGCUGGAGAGUUGCCAAAUCACAAAAGGAGGGAACUCUCCUUCUGAUCCAAAAGAUAGUUGGAGUAUGGCAGUUCUUCCUAGAGAUUCUUCUCUCAGUAAAAAAACUCCAAAGAAAGAAAACCAAGAGUCACACAACCUGGAAAACACCAGCUUUUCUUCCCCUAUUCCCACAUCAAAAUGCUUGGAAGAAUCUAGAACUACCUUGAGACGUUCAGCAAGAAACAAAGAAAAUCUUGUUAGCUACCGAGAGCCCCGACUCAAUUGCAAAUUGAGGCGUGGAGACCCAUUCACAGAUGCGGUGUCUCUUCAUUCUCCAAUAAACAGAAAAGAAGAAAUAAUGAAAAAUAGUAAAAACACCAAGUAGAGGAAGAGCUAUAAAUAUGACAAAAUUUAGAGUUUAAAAGGUUUCAAUUUAUUUUAAAGAUUAUUUUGACAGAUAACAUUUUGAACCAGUGGCAUUUUAAGGGUUUGAUGGUAUCC